AUGGAAACUGAAUCUAAAAUACAACAAAAGUUCUUAAUUUUGAGUUAAGUCUCUCCUCCUGUACUUGGAUCAAUUCAUUAUAACAAAUCUCCUAAUCUUGAGUAACUUGAUUAACUUGCCCAAAUCUCAGUAAUGAGAAGAAUGAAAUCAAAUGAUCCACAUAAAACUGAACCAACCUACAGAGAUAAAUAUUAAAAUAUAUCUAAAUAGAAGGAAGAAAUCUUUAAAAUAAAAAAAACUAAACAACCUUCAUUACCUUAUUUACCUAAGAAAUAGAAGGAAUUUUAUAAUAAAUGGUACAUACCUUAUGAUCAGAGGUAUGUUUAAAAGCCAGAUUUCAUGCAAUAGAAAUAUGAAGACGAAUUGCACUUUUAUAAAAAUAUGCAUAAUAUGUAUGUACAAUAUAAUCCAUUUGAUCAUAAUCUACCUGAGGAUCUCAUGAAAAAGAUAGGCAACAAGGAAAGAACAGAGGCACUUAAAGAAAUACUGAAAGGGUAGAAAUAGAUAAUUGAAUUUAAGAGGUUUUAUUGUAAAUUAAAGCUUAGGAGUUUAGAUAAAGAAAAAUAAAGAGUUCCUGAAUUUAUAAAACAAUUACUGGAAGCAGAAAACAAAAAAUAAAAACAAAAGCAAAAAUAAUUGUUGUAGUUCUAAUGA